CGAGAAGCACGGGUUCAGCCGCAAGCCAAGCGCCCCUGGCGCGCAUUGACACAGGCGCGAACAAGUGCAGAGUGGGAAGGGGAAAACCGCCGCUCCAGCCGAUGCGGCUAGAGAGGGAGGAAGAGAGAAAGAAAGAAAGAGAGAGAGAGUUAUUCAUAAGGAAAAGGAAUGGAGGAGGAGGAGGUGGACUUUCCCCCUCGGGCCGGCGCCCGUCACCGCCCGAGGUCCGCAUGGGCGCAGGCAACGAGCGACAGCACGCCCGCGGAAACGUCCACCGCCAUCGGGGCAGCACGCAAUGACGCCACCGGCCGGCCGGCGCCGCGCGUGCGCCGGCCGGCUCGCAGAGCGCGGCCGCGGCGCCAGCCGCGGCGCCUGCCGGGCUCCGCAGAAAGAGCAGCGCUGGCAGCACCGCGUCGACGGCGACGGCGGAGGCCGCCGCCCACGACGUCGAGUAUCGCCAGGAAGGAGUGCGCUGGGGCCGCCAGAGCGCAGGAGCACCGGCGCGACCAGCAGCGCCGACUCCAGGGCCAGGGCGCGGGCGCCGACGGCCUCGUCGGCCCCGAGCAGGUGGUUCAGGCUCCGGCGCGCCGGAAAGAGCAUGACGGGCGUUGCGAGCAGGCACGAGAGCGCGUACGCGACCCCGAAGGCGUGGAAGGCCGCCUGGUCCUCCCCGAAGCUAUCCAGCAUGUCGGGCGGCGUCUUCCAGCCAUAGCGGUGGGCGACAGCGACGCCGAUCAGAGCAUACGUGCUCCCCGAGAGCACAGCAGCUAUCGAUACUACUCUUGCGACGGUGCGCGCCGAGCGAAGCUCGGGAGGCAGCUCCGCAUACAGCGGGAACACCUGCGACGUGGCCGAGAACGCAUAGCAGCAGAGUGGCACGCCGCGAAGAACCGAGCCGGCAGAAGCGGGGGGCCAGGGGGCCUGUGGCGGGUGGCCCAGGGCAAGCUGGCCGCGGCGGCCAUGAUGCAAGCCGCCACGAACAGCGACAACGCCGAUGUCACGUUCGUCCCGCGAAGCUGCGCGGGCGCGGCGAAGGGCAGCACCAGCAAACCGCACGCAGCCAGAGCAGACGCCCGCAGGUGCCCUGGCUUCGAGAGGCCCCCGAACGCGGCGGCGGCGUCGAGCCUGCUGCUGGCCACCGCCACGUAGGCAGCGCACGUGCCCACGUUGGCAAGCAGGAUGUUCACGGCAAGGAAGUGAGCGGUCCGCGGGCCGAGGUCGGAAGCGACGGCCUCCUCGUAGGAGCGCGCCCGCGGGCUAGCGGCCACGAGCGCGGCCAUCAUGGCGACGGCGUUGACGGCAAAAAACACCAACAAGGCGAAUCCCCAGAGGACGCCGCACGUCGCGAACAUAAACGGCAUCGCCUGGGCGCGCCGACGCCGAACAUGGCCCGGCACAUUGGCACCACGGCGCCCGCCAGCGUUCGCCCCAUGGCGCAUCGGCGGCGCGAGUCGACGGAUGACGGCGAUGAGGGCCCUCGCCGACUCGCGCCGCCCCCCCCUUGCGGGGGCAGCCGCCGCCGCUGGCGAGGAAGGCAAAAAAGACAAGGCCUCUGCCUACUUGCC